CGUUUGCCAUUUACACACCAGAUGGUGCAGAUCGCAAUUUCAAUCAGUUUGUCAAAAAUGGCUGCGACCAACUCAAGUUUGCCUUCUGAAAUUUCCACAAAGAAAGAAGAUGAAUUUAAUGAAUUUUACACUGAAGUUAAAGAAAUAGAAAAAAGGGACUCGGUUCUAACUCCAAAACAGCAAAUAGACAGGCUCUUACGUCCUGGUUCGUCCUAUUUUAAUUUAAAUCCUUUUGAAGUUCUUCAAAUCGAGCCUGCCACCUCUUUGGAAGAAGCAAAGAAAAAAUAUAGACGUAUGUCUAUAUUGGUCCAUCCUGAUAAAAAUCAAGACGAUGCAGAAAGAGCUCAACAAUCUUUUGAAAUUGUCAAUAAAGCAUGGAAAACCUUGGAAUGUGAAGAAACAAGAGCAAAGUGUAUGGAUGUUAUUGAAGAGGCAAAGGCUAGAACAGAUCACAUGAUUGCCGAGAAGAAAAAGAAAUUAAAAAAGGAAGGAAAAAUUGGCGAAGGAAGUGCAGUUCAAUUAUUAGAAGAAGAAUCUGAAGAAGGUUACAGACAUGCAAUUUGGGUCAUGACCAUGAAACUUUUUGCGGAUAUGGAACGCAGAAGACGAGAACUGGCGACUCGAGACGCCGAACAAAGGAAACGAAAAAGAGAAGAAGAACUAUCAGCAGAAGCUCAAGCAGCUAUGGAGCGUGAAUGGCAAAAGAAUUUCGAAGAAUCGAGACAACUGAGAGUGGACAGUUGGAAAGCUUUUCAAUCUGGCUCUGGUGCUACGAAACAGAAGAAAACGAAGAAAAUGAAAGCCUUUAAACCACCGAAAACAAAAGCAGAAUCCCGAUAAUGAAGUAAAUUAACUUUUAUUUCAUCCAUCGGUCCCUAGUUUUAUUCUAAUUUUAAUUGACUAUGGUUUUCUAAAGGAUAAAAAGAACAUAUAUUAGUCACUUUGUUGGAUAAUACGGUCUCGUAUUUCUACCAAGAUAUAGGCUAUAUAAAAUUCAUUUGAAUUAUUACAGUGACUUCUGAAAUGUAAGAUCAAAUAAAUUAGGAAGUGAAUAAGUGAUUAUAUUAGUUAAGUGAAUGAAUGAGUGUGUGCUAAAUUUACGAAAAUACAUGAACGAUCAAUUUGUAUGAUUGCGCACAGAGUGUGAUGUGCAGGACUCAAAGCCGAAACUCGAAGUAUUAUUGUAUUCGAGAAAUACCUUUUUUUAAUUGACUUAUUGUAAAAACAAUUCUUCAACUUUACUAUAAGAGAGCCACUCUUUAUCUUUAUCAUUGUUGAUCUCGUAUUACUUUUUGGUAUCAUCAAAUAUUCAAAAGUCAAAAAAUGGGACAUUUUUUAUAUUUUCAAGGUACAUACCUAUAUUUACCUUAAAGUGCAAACAUUGGAAAAUAUUAAAAAGUAUUGUAAAGUUA